GAUGAAACUUUUUAUUGUCUAUAAUUGGUGUGAUAUAUUGUGGACAGGAAGAGGAAGAGGCGGCUCUCGAUAUCAUAUCCACAAAGUAUGAGAGAUAUGGCAAUGGAGUCGAAGCACCGGAAAAGUUAGAAAUCAUUAAAGAGAGAUGCGAUGAAUUGGGCAAUGCUAUGGGCACGGGUAAACUUUUCUGGGAUAUAGUAACCGGCUUGAAAUGGGCAGGUUAUCUUAAACCUAAAAUCCGGGAAGUUAUUCUAGCGAGUCCUAACAUUCAAUUCUAUGAGAAAGUCAACAUUUUUUGCAAACUGCCCGAGGACAAAAUGCUGAAAUACACACCCAUUAUAAACGCUAAACUGUCCGAUACUAAAACACUACGCGACCGUUUCAUUGGAUACCUAAACGAUGCUUUGAAACAGUCGAGAAUUAACAUGGGCGAAAUAAUAUGCAUUGGCCGUGACUUCUGGGCUAAAGUGAUUGAUAUGCACGACGACAUCGAUGGGUUCAGGGAGUUCUCACACAGACGUGUCGACAUAUAUCCGGAAGUAAUGAACCGAACGGAGCACAUGUUGGGCGUAAAGGUGGCCACAAAGUGCGAGAUGAAAGAAUCCUACCCGGAAGGAACAUAUAAAUCGUAUACCGUGUUGAUUGCUAAAUUAGUUGAAAAGUAUUUGGAUUCAGCCGUUUAA